UCUCAGCUUCCUGACUAGCUAAGAUUACAGGCAUGAGCUACCAGCGUCUGGCAUCAUCAAGACUUACUGUGUCUAACAGGGAACCAUGUAUCUGAGACCAGCAGAAACGGACAAUGCAAAGACUAAGGUAGCUCAAGGGUAGACGCAUGCUAAGCCUAUUUGAGGUCCUUCUCAAUGGAUGAAGUAUGGGCUGGUGUAAGGUAGUGCAAUGGUGUUUGUUGGAUGUACCCAAGGGGAAGCUGGUAAGCAGGGUGUGCUGACCAGUAUUAACUGAGCAGUAAGUGUGUGGGCGAGUUAAUGAGGGGAGAGAGGGGAGGGGAUGGAUGGUUUUAUACCUGUACUCAUGUUUCAGAAGAGAGCAAAUACAGCUUGAAGAGGGACUGGGCAACUACUGAACAAGGAGCCACAGGCUUUACACCAAACCCCUGGGAGUACAAUGGUUCUACUAACAGAGACACCGGAACUGGAGGAAAACUCAACUUUGGCACUAUGGAGAAACAAAAGAAGGACUGCAACUCUAAGAAGCUUUUCAAGCCACCUGGAACGAAGCUGCUUGGGGCAGUUCCUUCCAGAUCCUGGAGGAGAGGUGGUAAGUGGACACACUCAGCCCCUGAGCAUGGGAUCAGCAAGAGCAUCCCGAAGCCCCACAUCCGUGUCUCACACCAUCCGGCAGCAGCACGUCUUCCUCCUCUCACUCACCCCAAAGGGCGAUCUUUGGACUCAACUAAGGCACCGAGUCUUCCUGUUCAACAAGCCAGCGAGCACGGUAGUGCGCCGCGGCCCCCACUCGGGGUCGGCCGGCGAGUCAGGGGAUUGAUUGCUCCCGGACAGAGCCUGGCACCGUUCCGAUUUGCCAACUUUCUCAAGAUCGUGCCGGGAGGAGGAAGGAGAGUCCAGCUCUCCCUCCGGAUCGGGUAGACGGCCCGACUGCGGGCGUCCAACUCUCCAGCCCUGACCUCGCCGCUUGCCCCCGGAGCCCGAGG